UUGAAGGGGUCUAACUAUGCUGGUCUGCUGGAGCGGCAUCGCAUUCAUACGAAAAACGUGGAACAUGUUGUGGACAGUUUACGGAAUGAGAAGAUAGAAGUUCGUCUUGUUAAACGUCGAGAAUACAAUGAAGAGACAGUUCGGUGGGCAGAUGCUGUUAUAUCAGCAGGAGGCGAUGGUACAAUGUUGUUGGCAGCCAGUAAGGUCUUUGAUAAAUUUAAACCAGUUAUUGGAGUAAAUACUGAUCCUGAAAGAUCAGAGGGCCACUUAUGCUUGCCUGUGAGAUACACGCACUCGUUUCCUGAAGCACUACAGAAGCUUUAUCGUGGUGAGUUCAGGUGGCAGUGGCGGCAAAGAAUCCGACUGUAUCUUGAAGGAACUGGUAUUAACCCAACUCCUGUAGAUUUACAUGAGCAGCAGCUAAGCCAAGAGCAACACAGCAGGGCUCACAUAAAUGAAAGAUUCCAGGAUCAAAGAUCCGAUGUUUCUGGUCCACAUCUUUUACCAGUGAGAGCGCUCAAUGAAGUCUUCAUUGGGGAAUCCCUUUCAUCCAGGGCCUCCUAUUAUGAGAUAUCUGUUGAUGAUGGUCCUUGGGAAAAACAGAAGAGUUCAGGGCUUAAUGUGUGUACUGGAACAGGAUCAAAAGCAUGGUCCUAUAAUAUUAACAAGAUAGCACACCAAGCUGUUGAAGAGAUCCUUAAGAUUGCUAAAAAGCAUGGAAGUUUGAAUAUGCCAUUGAACGCGGAACUAGUACAAAAAGUAACAAAUGAUUACAAUGAGUCCCUGCUGUACAAUCCAGAAGAACCAAAGAUGUUUUUCAGUAUUCGAGAACCUAUUGUAAACAGAGUUUUCUCAAGUAGCCAGCAGCGUGGCUUCUCCUCAAAAGUCUGUGUCCGUUCCCGUUGUUGGGAUGCAUGUAUGGUUGUAGAUGGAGGAACAUCUUUUGAGUUCAAUGAUGGGGCAAUAGCCUCAAUAAUGAUUGAUACAGAGGAUGCACUGUGCACUGUUCUGCUGGAAGAAUGAAGGACCUUAGUGUCUUCUGCUGAAACAAUUCUGGAUCCAGAGAGAGAACUCCUGGAGACAGACAGCACAUCACAAUGCUGCAUUAUGUUGGAGUUGGCCUUUUUGGAUGCAAGAGCAUUUGGAGGAAGCUUGAGAUGCUUUUCAUUCCUUUGGAUUGGGGAUA